AUGGGAGCAGGCAAUGGAACUGUCAUUUCUGAAUUCAUUCUUGUGGGCUUUUCGGGGCUCGAUCAAAGGCUACAGCUAUAUCCCUUUUUGGUCCUUCUACUCAUGUACCUGACAACAGUGAUGGGGAAUGCAGCCAUCAUUUUCCUGGUGUGUGUGGAUAACGGCCUGCAAACCCCCAUGUACUUUUUCAUUGGCAAUCUCGCAUUUCUGGAAAUCUGGUUUACGUCCUCCACAAGCACCAAAUUGUUGGUGAUUCUGAGCUCCGGCAGGAGAACAAUCUCAGUAGGUGGCUACUUUGCCCAGUCCUCUUUCUAUUUUGCCCUGGGUGCUGCAGAGUUCAUGCUCCUUGUUGUCAUGUCCUUUGACCGUUACAUUGCCAUCUGCCAGCCUUUGCGCUAUGUUGCCAUCAUGAAGCAUUGGCUCUGCAUCCACCUGGUUGCUGCUGUUUGGGUCAUGGGCUUCACAUUCUUGAGUUACCACCUGGUGCUGCUCUCAAAGCUCACUUUCUUACUUUCUGUGGUUCAAAAAGAUCCAGAUUUUUUUUGUUGUUUUUGUUUUUGUGACAACUCUUCCUUAUUCCAACUGUCCUGCUCUGAUGCCAGCCUUUGGAAAAUAGACUUGGUUCUGUUGUUUAUCAUGCUGUCUUCCUUGUGUUUAACUCUGGCAUCUUACACGUGUAUCUUCUGUAUUCUACGCAUGCCAGCAGCCUCUGAGAGGAAAAAAGCUUUUGCUACAUGCUCUUCCCAUCUCACCACCUUGGCCAUUGCCUGUGGAAGCUGCAUUGCUCUUUACGCACGCUCCUCAGGACAUGUUUCUUUGGAGACCAACAGCAUUGUAGCUUUGCUGAACACUGUGCUGUACCCAUUCUUAAACCCAUUCAUCUACAGUCUUAGAAACAAGUCUGUGAUGCUGGGCCUGAAAGAAGCCAUGGCCCAUGCAACAGCACAGCUUUUCCCCUAA